AUGCCUCCUCCCGGUGUGUGCAUGAGUAUAAUGCAGGAGCGCCACAAGAAAGAGGGUGUUGGGAGCCUUGCCAACCCAGAGAAACACAGCAACCAAGACUUCCAGCAGCUGAAGCAAUACUGUUUGGUCAGGGGGGUAAGGUAUAUCGAUGAGAUGUUCCCCCCAGACCACAACUCCAUUGGUGAUGGGCUACUUUCCCCUGAUGACAUGGGCAGGGUGGUGUGGUUGAGACCAGCGGUAUGUUCAAGUCUUCAUUCAGAUCUGCACACAUUACAACACAGGGUAUUAACUGAUUUUAUUUGUAAUUAUGAAUAGUAAUUAUAAAUAUUAUUAAUAGGUGUAACGUGUGUAUUCACUCUUCCAGAAAAUGGUACGGAAUCCAGAUUUUAUUGUUGAUGGACUUUCAAGGUUUGACUUUGGGCAAGGAAUAGUUGGUAAGUGGAUUUGGUUGUAAACAAGCGUCAACAUAUACCACACCGUGCCCCUUGCAUUACAAAUGUCAUGAUGUACAACAUUUCUUUUAGGAAAUUGCUGGUUUCUUGCUUCCAUUGGGGCUUUGACGUUACAGAAGCACAUCCUGGAGCAAGUAGUGCCCCUAAAGCAAAGCUUUAAAGAUGACUAUUGCGGAAUAUUCCACUUCCGGGUAAAUAACCUCAGCCUCAGUACAUUAUCUUUGUGAGAAAUGCAUUGACCUAUUGCAAUAACUGUCAUUCUUAAAGGAUUAUUAAUACAUUGAAAAGGUUCUCAGUGGUAUUGAGAAUUAUUAAAUGACCAUGAAUUACGCUCUACACUUAUGCUGCACCUUUCUCAAGCCCCAUAGAGAAUAGUCUGUUUUAGGAAUCAUUGUCCUCUCCUCCUAUCUUUCAGUUCUGGAGGUUUGGGAGGUGGGUGGACGUUGUGAUCGAUGACAAGCUACCAACAGUUGACGGCAGGCUCAUUUUCGUUCAUUCAAAAACUCCCAAUGAGUUUUGGCCCGCCUUGCUGGAGAAAGCCUACGCCAAGUAUGUGAGCCACAUCAGUUGGUUAUAAGACAGUUAAACAACUCCUCAAUGUAGGACUUAAUGACCUGUCUUCUUCUGGCAGGGUGUGUGGCUCCUACGCAGACAUGAAUUUAGGGACCCCUUCAGAGGCUAUGAUGGACUUCACUGGAGGGGUUCACAUCACGUUCAAGCUCACUGACGCUCCACCAAAUAUGUGGGACCUCCUGUUCAGAGCUGCCAAGUCAAAAUCUCUGAUGGGGUGUAACACACCUCAAGGGGUGAGCGGCACUACCACCCUCCGAAACACCAUGUUGAACCUUUAAACAAACCAGUUGGUAGAGAGCGCCAUAUUAGUGUCAGUAAUGCAUGUGUAACGCACUGAUGUCAAGAUCUAAGGGAAUAUGAGUUAUUAGGGCGAAGUUGAAGUUAAGAUUCAUCCUUUAACUUGUAAAACACAAAAGAGAUGAAGGUUGUGUUCAUAUUGUUCAUAUUCAGCCGUGUCCUAUUUUGUGACUGAAACCUCUGUUAUGUUAUGGUCCGAUUAGUUUACUUAUGAUACCUAAUAACCUGUGUCUGUUGUAAUGUAGGAAACAUCAGCGAACACGGUGGCACCCAACGGAUUAGUGAGGGGACAUGCCUACACCGUCACAGGAGUUAGACAGGUACUGUAUGGAACUAACUAUGUGAGGGAAAAGGUUUGGAGCUAAUAUCUUUUGGCAGUAUGCUCUCUAUUCUUUACUGCCAAGAAAAAAACAUUGUUCGGUUCGUCAGAAUAGAGCCAAAUAUUGACUGUAGUUCCACCCGGAGGGAAAUGGGAGAGGAUGUGUGGUAUAGCUUCUGCAAUGAUGUAAAAUGAACCCAGUCUUGAGUUGGUCUCAUGGUCUUGUGAUGAGGCAGCCUUGCCGCCUGAGACUUCAAAAUCAGUGUCAGCCUUCGGUCCGCCAUGGAAUUCCUUCCUAGCUUCUACAAUGAUGGAAAAUGAACCCAGUCUUGAGUUGGUCUCAUUAAUUUUUAUAUAUAUUUUUUUUUUUAGUCAUUUAGCAAUCAAAUGGGAAUCGAACCCACAACCCUGGCAUUGCAAACGCCAUGCUCUAUCAACUGAGCUACAUCCCUGCCGGCCUUUCCCUCCCCUACCCUGAGCCAAUUGUGCGCCGCCCAUGAGUCUCCCGGUCGCGGCCGGCUGCGACAUAGCCUGGAUUCGAACCAGGAUCUCUAGUGGCACAGUUAGCACUGCGAUGCAGUGCCUUAGACCACUGCGCCACUCAGGAGUUCAUGGUCUUGUGAUGAGGCAGCCUUGCCUGAGACUUCAAAAUCAGUGUCAGCCUUCGGUCCACCUUGGAAUUCCUCUUGGAUAUAAUGGUUAAGAUGCUGGUUGGUUCCAUCGGGGACCCCGGGUUCAUUUCCUGCUGUGAGAUUACAAGCUGGUGUCUCGUAUGAAAAAGUAUGAAAAUGUAUGCACUCACUAACUGUAAGUCGCUCUGGAUAAGAGCGUCUGCUAAAUGACUAAAAUGUCAAAUGUAAAAUGUGUCAUUCUGGUUUCUUCCACAGAUCAUGAGACAAGGCAGGCAAGUGAAUCUGAUACGCCUCUUCAACCCCUGGGGCCAGGAAGAGUGGAAGGGAGGCUGGAGUGAUACGUAAGAACUCAAUAUUCACAACAGAUAACUUGUUUAUUAGAUUCUUCCUCAGUAUAUGUGAUUGUUCUGUUUUGCUGUAUCCACAGUACAGUUUACAUAUUUUGUUUAUAUAUAUAUAUAUAUAUACACUACUGGUCAAAAGUUUUAGAACACCUAUUCAUUCAAGGGUUUUUGUACUAUUUUCUACAUUGUAGAAUAAUAGUGAAGACAUCAAAACUAUUUCCUUCUUAAUGCAUUUGAGCCAAUCAGUUAUGUUGUGACAAGGUAGGGGGGUAUACAGAAGAUAGCCCUAUUUGGUAAAAUACAAUUUUAUGGCAAGAACUGCUCAAAUAAGCAAAGAGAAACGACAGUCCAUCAUUACUUUAAGAAAUGAAGGUCAGUCAAUAUGGAACAUUUCAAGAACUUUGAAAGUUUCUUCAAGAGUAGUCGCAAAAACCAUCAAGCACUAUGAUGAAACUGGCUCUCAUGUGGACCGCUACAGGAAUGGAAGACCCAGAGUUACCUCUGCUGCAGAGGAUAAGUUCAUUAGAGUUACCAGCCUCAGAAAAUGCAGCCCAAAUAAUUGCUUCACAGAGUUCAAGUAACAGACACAUCUCAACAUCAACUGUUCAGAGGAGACUAUAUGAAUCAGGCCUUCAUGGUCGAACUGCUGCAAAGAAACCACUACUAAAGGACACCAAUAAGAAGAAGAGACCUUCUUGGGCCAAGAAACACGAGAAAUUGGCAUUAGACUGUUGGAAAUCUGUCAUUUGGUCUGGAGUUGAAAUUUGAGAUUUUUGGUUCCGACCGCUGUGUCUUUGUGAGACGCGGUGUGGGUGAACGGAUGAUCUCUGCAUGUGUAUUUCCCACCGUAAAGCAUGGAGGAGGAGGUGUUAUGGUGUGGAGGUGCUUUGCUGGUGACACUGUCUGUGAUUCAUUUAGAAUUCAACACUUAACCAGCAUGGCUACCACAGCAUUCUGCAGCGACACGCCAUCCUAUCUGGUUUGGGCUUAGUGGGACUAUCAUUUGUUUUUCAACAGGACAGUGACCCAACACACCUCCAGGCUGUGUAAGGGCUAUUUUACCAAGAAGGAGAGUGAUGGAGUGCUGCAUCAGAUGACCUGGCCUCCACAGUCCCCAGACCUCAACCCAAUUGAGAUUGUUUGGGAUGAGUCGGACCGCAGAGUGAAGCAAAAGCAGCCAACAAGUGCUCAGCUUAUGUGGGAACUCCUUCAAGACUGUUGGAAAAGCAUUCCAGGUGAAGCUGGUUGAGAGAAUGCCUAAAGUGUGCAAAGCUGUCAUCAAGGCAAAGGGUGGCUACUUUGAAGAAUCUAAAAUAUAAAAUAUAUUUUGAUUUGUUUAACACUUUUUUGGUUGCUACAUGAUUCCAUAUGUGUUUUUUCAUAGUUUGGAUGUCUUCACUAUUAUUCUACAACGUAGAAAAUAGUAAAAAUAAAGAAAAACUCUGGAUUACUACCACUAACUAACAUUACAGUGUCUGACUAUUGACAUGAUGUCUGUACUUCAAUCAGGUCCUCCAUGUGGCAAACAGUGAGUCCUGACGAACGGAAGAUGUGUCUGUCAGUGAAAGAGGAUGGGGAAUUCUGGUAAGCAAUAUAGUGCAGAAAUGUGUUCGCAGACCAUGUCAAUAUUUUAUUGUAAGCGAUUAACACAUUCAAUACAGUGUCAGUACACAGCUAUACUGAUGUUUCAAUACCAGUACCAAUUACAGUGUCAGUACACAGCUAUACUGAUAUUUCAAUACCAGUACCAAUUACAGUGUCAGUACACAGCUAUACUGAUGUUUCAAUACCAGUACCAAUUACAGUGUCAGUACACAGCUAUACUGAUGUUUCAAUACCAGUCCCAAUUACAGUGUCAGUACACAGCUAUACUGAUGUUUCAAUACCAGUACCAAUUACAGUGUCAGUACACAGCUAUACUGAUGUUUCAAUACCAGUACCAAUUAUAGUGUCAGUACACAGCUAUACUGAUGUUUCAAUACCAGUACCAAUUACAGUGUCAGUACACAGCUAUACUGAUGUUUCAGUACCAAUUACAGUGUCAGUACACAGCUAUACUGAUGUUUCAAUACCAGUACCAAUUACAGUGUCAGUACACAGCUAUACUGAUGUUUCAAUACCAGUACCAAUUACAGUGUCAGUACACAGCUAUACUGAUGUUUCAAUACCAGUACCAAUUCACAAUUUAGUUGUCUUCUCAGGAUGACAAUGGAAGACUUCUGUCAGCACUUCAUCGAUGUGACUAUCUGCUGUCUGUGUCCUGAUUUUCUUGACGGCAACUCUGAAGGUCAUUGGACGCCCUCCUUCCAUGAUGGCAGAUGGGUUGCAGGAACCACUGCUGGUGGUAGCAUGAAUUUCCCAGGUACAUUACAUCUUGAUUGAUAGGUUUUGCUUUCAACAAGGAAUAAUUAGCAGUUGAUGACUAUACAUUUCCAGAAUUUACCGUCAACAUAUCCAUAUUUUUUUGUCUCUCAGACAGUUUCUGGACAAAUCCCCAGUAUCGGGUGAAGAUUGAGGGAUUAGACAGGGACUGCUCUGAGACACAGGGGGACAACAACAUGUUGGUGUCUCUGAUGCAGAAGCCUGACAAGAGAAACAGACGCCUGGUCAAAAGUCUCCACAUUGGCAUCAACAUCUUCGAGGUCAGUGCCCUUCUUUGGUUCCUUUCAUUAUUCUGUAUACAGUUUAUCUCAACAUUUACAGAUUGAAGCAAAGCUAAGUGCUUCCUCUGAGGCCUUUGUUACAGGUAGGACUGUUAUGUUGCCAUCAACUGUCAUAUCAGUAAUGUAAGUUACACUGGAGAUCUCUUUGUAAGUUCCCCUUACGUAUGUUGUCACUGUGCAGUUCUCAAUGCAAAUAUGCCCAUUUGUGAACCUACAUGUAUGAUGUCAUCCCAGAGGAAGAAAUUCAACAGCCCAGAUAUGCUAUUGUUUCUGCUAUUGAAUUGUAUUUGUUUUACUUUCUAACAGGUGCCUGCCCAAGUAAGUAACUUUUAUACAUCAUUUUCACAAAUAAUAAUAAUAAUAUAAUAAUAAUAAUAUAAUAAUAUAAUAUAAUAAUAUAAUAAUAAUAAGGUUAUACUAGUUAGAGAGGCCACUAGAGUAUCUGGCCAAUAUAACGGAUCCUCACAUGUGGUGGAACUGGCUUCAAGGUCUGGAUUUGAAUUUGAAAUGGCCUACAGCCUUAUGUAAAUCAUUAUAUAUUAUUGUGAUCUCAGUUCAAAGGCCAGAGGGGGAAGUUUCCUGCCUCCUUCUUCAACACCAAUGUGCCUGUCGCCCAAUCCAAGAACUACGUGAACGCUCGGACAGUGGUGCUAUUCUCCAGGCUGAAACCUGGUGAAUACCUGAUUGUGCCAUCAUCCUUCAAACCAAAUGAAACCGCCUCCUUCAUCCUGUCCAUCCUCUCCAAAGUGAAGUCCCAAAUCCAGUAAGCACAGCCCCCCCCCCCCCCCCCCAUUAAUAGUAAAGGGAUUGUUCAUCCAAGUUACAACAUUUCAUAUUGGUUUCUGUACCAAUGAAGUUAGUUUAAGAUGAUUUGGACAUGAAGCGUGAAUAAUAUAUCCAAAGCAUGGAUUGCUGUCCUAGUUCGUCCAUAGACGGCUUACAGGGAAGCCAAUACGGAAUUUUGUAACUUGGGUGAACUAUGUCCUUAAUUAAUGUCACAGGUAAGAAAUUAUAUUUAGAUUUUUGACAGUCAGUGAUCAUAGCCAACAUUAGGACCGGGAUUCAAUUCCCAUCGCGCCUGUAAACAAUGAACCAUUUAAAGGUAAUUUUCAAUUGAGCCGAGAUCUGCAAUGUUUUACUGUGAAUGCAAUCUCUGCGAACGCGGUAACUUUGCCUUUAAAAUCCGCAUUAUCAACAACCCGCGACGAGAUUGAAUCCUGGCCUGAGUUUCACUAUAAUUUAUGUUUUCCUGACAGAAACAAAACAGUCUUCACUUUUUUCCUCAGUGAAAAUUCGAAUGACCAAGAUAUGGAGGAAAUCCCAAAGGUAUUUAAGGCAAACGGUAUUUCAGCUCUCAUAUGUAUUUCUGUUAAUCUUUAGCUAUUUCUCUUCAUUUUUUUCUUAUUGCAAUAUAUUUAAAUUUUUAGCCCACGCCUACUCACAAUAAAGAAGAUAUGGACAACAAACAAACUCUGUUUCGGCAAUAUUCUGAUCAGGCAAGUUACCAAUAUUUUUCAUUUGAACACAAAACGAGGCAAUGUGAAAUUAAAACACAUAACCUGAAAAAAGGGAUAGCAUUUGAGAAUAUUACAAUUUUUUUAACAAUUGUUAAACUAUAUACAGAAUAUAUAUAUAUAUAUAUAUAAAAAAUCAAUAACACUAAUUUUAUUUUCACUGAAAAGUUUGAGGAGGUGGAUGCCGAACAACUUCAAAGGACUCUGAAUGAAACUCUCCUCCAGGGUAUGUAGAGAGAAAAUCAAUCAUCAUGGAGAUUUCCAGACAUUUAUGACCAAAAGCUGGACUUUGAACAGACUGACAUUAGUUGUGAUGAGAUUAGAAUCACUCACAAGGAUAUGGUGGGUGUUUGGUGAGCAAUGUGUUGCUUGGUGGGAUCUGUACGUUUUUUUUUUUUUAUGUGUCAACCUUUUCACAUUUUACACAGGAAAUGCAAAGAAAACACAAGGCUUCAGCUUGGAGUCCUGUCGAAGCAUGGUGGCCUUAAUGGAUGUAUCCUUCAUGAGCUUAGUGACAGUUUACCGUGUCUUCUGUUGUAAAACACCUUGA